AUGAAGAAAGUAAAUACAGAAAGCCUCAUAGCUCUACUCGUUGUAGACUCUAGGAAAGAAAAUGAGCUCUUUCCCCUCGUUGAGCGGGAAAGGCCCGCGUGUUUGCUGCCGCUGUGUAACAUGACUUUGCUGGAGCACGCUCUGUUCCAACUUGAUCGUGGAGGUGUGAGCGACAUUCUCGUGGGCGUCAUUGACGACAGCGUCUCGUCUGCCCUAGUUAUUAGAAAUUUUUUGAACGAGUCGCUGCGUUCGCCCCGCAUACGUUCCCGAGUCACUCUCCUCGGUGGAGGAACACGCUCCUUUGCCAGUGUUGGGGAAAUCUUGCGAGACAUCGACACCAAUGAAGAUCUCCGGCCAAAGGGCGAGUUCGUUGUGGUCAACGUCUUUUCCGUGUUCCGGGUUAACUUCGCUCGAAUCGCGGAGGAGCAUCGGUAUCGUCAUGAAAAGGAUCCGUCGUGGACGUCAACUUGUCUGUUCUUCAAACGACAUCGCGGGGAAAACAAAGCGACCUUUUCUGGUGAGGUGCUUGUUGGUAUCGACGAAGAGACGAAGCAGCUGCUUCUCUACCGCAACCUAGACGAAUGCGGGACGUAUGUAACGGUUAGUGAUCUUUCAUGGAGUGGAAGGGAUCAUUUGCAACUUAUUCGGGGCAUUGUUGAUUGCUGUUGCGACAUCCUUUCUCCCGAGGUGCUCACCGAAUUCAGAGAAAACUUUGAUUACGAAGAGCUGCGUGAUUACAUGAAAAAUAAGCUUGACUCGGACUCAAAUGAAAUUUCUGGGAACAAGUCGUUUUUCUUAGAUAUAGCGGACAGGGGAGAGUACUGCCGACAGUUGCACGGCAUAGCGUCGUAUUACCAAGUGGUGAGAGACUUCGUGCAUGGCUGGCUUGGUGAUCCGGAUCUAUUGGCUAAUUACGAGCGAAGAUGCCCACCGUUCCGGAGAAUAGCCACCCGUGGACCUGGCGCAAAACUUCUCGCUGAGAUAUCACGCCAUACUGCCGUGUUUGAUUCUGGCGAAUCAUUUGCGGCAGAGGAUGCAGUUGUAUCUGUGGAUUCGCGAGUCACUGACUGCAUCAUAUCCGGAGGAGUCCAUAUAUCAGAGCAGUGCGUCCUUGAAAAUGUUGUAAUUUUGGAUGGGUGUGUGAUUGAGAAAGGAUGUGUAGUCAGAGAUGCGAUUGUUGGUAGAAAUACGAGGAUCAUGCAGGGCUCUCGCAUCGAUGGAGGCUGUGUCAUCGGCCCUGACGUUGUGCUUCCUGAGUGCACCCAUAUACGUGAAGGCAGAGCUGUCUUCAAAGCGAGUCGUGACUCCUUGAGAGUUGGAGAAGAGGUUGGUGUCGUAGAACCCGAAAACGAAACUACAAAUGGUAGCACGAACACAGAAGACGUAUUUGGAGGGCUGGACGAGGCUGAGACGCCGACUUUUUCUUUUGGAUGUUCGUCGAACACGGGAAACGAAACAAAGCACAUUGGAGUUACUGACGCGCACAAUAAGUUAACAUAUAGCACCGAGCAAAGAUUUUCGCACGACAGGAAAAGUCUCUUCGAAACUGUUGGGGGUGUUGGGGAUGACUUUGAGUCGAUAGCAAGUUCAUCUCCUGAAUCAGAAUCAAUGAAUUCGUUCGCGGAUGAAUGCAGUUCAUUGAGUCCGACUGGAUUUGUUCGGCAAACAAAUACAGACCAAGCUUUCACAAGUGAGCUAGUAGACACUGUUUUGCGCGCACUCCAUAACGAUAGCUCAGUGGACGAUACGGCCGUUGAACUAAGUAGCCUAAGACUUGCCUACGAUCAAACACCGGAAGAUAUUAGCGGGAACGUUGUACUGACACUUGCGAAGGAGUCGCUUACACGAGCAAGUUACUCUGGCUCUCAAUCCGUGAGUCUGCUCCACACAUAUCUGAAUCGAUGGAAAACCCUCAUCCAGCGUUUUGCUUCCUCAAAAGAGGCUCAAAUGCGGAUUCUAGAUUGCAGUGCGUCAUUCAGCACAACGCAUCAGGUCCCGAAGAAUUUUUUUUCAUAUGUUGUGCAGAUGCUCUAUGAAGCGGAUAUUGUUACGGAAACUACAAUCACUGAAUGGACAGGGCGGGGCGAAGGAUUCAUAGCGGCACGACUUGGAAUUCCAGAAGCAGCGGCUGGGGAACUUUUAACCGAACUAGGUCCAUUUUUGAAAUGGCUAUCUGAAGCUGAAGAGGAAGAUUAG